UAAGCCACAAAUAAUUUUGGUUGUAUUAUAAGGUAACGCAAUAGUUUGUUUGCCUGUGCGUAAAUUAAAUUGAAUGAUUUAUUAAAGUAUAAACAUGGAAAAUUCUAUGAAAAUUUUAUUGGGUGUAGUGUUUUUAAGUUGUUUUGCAAUUCAAAAUAGUAUAGGCUAUUCCAUCAAAUGUUGGGAAUGUAAUUCUGAUUUUGAUCCAAAAUGCGGAGAUCCUUUUGACAACAGUACAAUUCCAAUUACCGAUUGUGCGCAAAGAAAACCGAACUUAGAUUAUGAUCCAGUUGUUAAUUCACAUUCGUGUGAAAAAAAAAUACAAACAGAUAUAAUUACUGGUAAGCGUUCUGUUGUACGUUCAUGCGGAUAUCAAAGCCCCUCAGUGGCUUUUGGAAAAUGCAAAGAACCUGAGCAGAAUAGUAAAAUCAGAAUUGAAUUUUGUGAAUUAUGUUCCGAUAAAGAUGGAUGUAAUUCAGCGCCAUCGUUAUUAUCCCGAAAUAGUUUUACUCAUUUGCUAGCAUUUUCGUUUGCUGCAAUUAUUGGAAAUUUUAUUUUAUUUUAGAAUAAUUAAAAUAAUUAUUCAU